AAAUCAUCUGGGAUCUGCGAGCGCCGGGACCCGCUCGCGCUCCGGCUCCGGGCUUGGAUGCGUUUUUCCAUGAGCGCCGGGUGAGCAGGUGCGAGGCGCGGGGCGAGGAUGGAGGGCGGCGAGCGGGACAUGUUCCGCCACUUCCAGGACUGGUGCCUCCGCACCUACGGGGACUCGGGCAAGACCAAGACGGUGACCCGCAAGAAAUACGAGCGCAUCGUGCAGCUCCUCAACGGCUCCGAGGCGAGCUCCGCGGACAACGCCAAAUUCAAAUUCUGGGUCAAAUCCAAAGGCUUCCAGCUCGGCCAUCCGGACGAGGUCAGUGGUGGUGCUGGAGGAGGGAAGCAAGUGCUGUACGUGCCAGUCAAAACCACGGAUGGAGUAGGUGUAGAUGAGAAGCUGUCUUUACGGCGGGUAGCCGUGGUAGAAGAUUUCUUUGACAUUAUCUAUUCCAUGCAUGUUGAAACUGGGCCUAAUGGAGAACAAAUCAGAAAACAUGCUGGACAAAAGAGAACGUAUAAAGCAAUUUCAGAGACCUAUGCCUUCCUACCGAGAGAAGCGGUGACACGAUUUCUAAUGAGCUGCUCAGAGUGCCAGAAAAGAAUGCAUUUAAACCCAGAUGGAGCGGAUCAUAAAGAUAAUGGAAAACCUCCAACGUUGGUGACCAGCAUGAUUGAUUACAAUAUGCCAAUUACUAUGGCCUAUAUGAAACACAUGAAGCUGCAGCUAUUAAAUUCACAGCAAGAUGAGGAUGAGAGCUCAAUAGAGAGUGAUGAGUUUGAUAUGAGUGACUCCACUAGGAUGUCAGCUGUGAACUCGGACCUCAGCUCCAAUCUUGAAGAGAGAAUGCAAAGUCCUCAGAACCUCCAGGGCCAGCAGGAUGAUGAUUCAGCCGCAGAGAGUUUUAAUGGCAAUGAGACCGUGGGACACAGUUCCAAUGCUUCAGGGGGAACACACUGCAGGGAGAUGGCAGAAACCAACAGUAAUGGCAAAGCAAAUCUGGAGCAGGAUGAGCAGCCUCUGAACCUGAGUGACAGUCCCCUCUCUGCUCAGCUGACUUCAGAAUACAGACUAGAUGAUCACAGCAGUAAUGGAAAGAACAAAUACAAGACUCUGCUAAUUUCUGAUCUCAAGAUGGAACGGGAGGCAAGAGAAAAUGGAAGCAAGUCGCCUGCACAUAGCUAUUCAAGCUAUGACUCUGGCAAGAACGAGAGCGUAGGCAGAGGUGCUGAAGAUCUGUCUCUGAAUCGAGGUGAUGAGGACGAGGAUGACCACGACGAACAGGAAGAUCCCGAGAAAGUUAAUGAAUCAGAUGGAGUAGAAGCUGAACGACUGAAAGCUUUUAAUAUGUUUGUCAGGCUGUUUGUAGAUGAAAACUUGGACCGAAUGGUCCCAAUCUCUAAGCAGCCCAAAGAAAAGAUCCAGGCUAUCAUUGACUCAUGCAGGCGACAAUUCCCUGAGUAUCAAGAGCGUGCCAGAAAACGCAUACGUACUUACCUCAAGUCCUGCAGGCGGAUGAAAAGAAGUGGUUUUGAGAUGUCCCGACCUAUUCCCUCACACCUCACCUCAGCAGUUGCAGAGAGUAUCCUGGCUUCCGCCUGUGAGAGUGAGAGCAGAAAUGCUGCAAAAAGGAUGCGGUUGGAUAGACAGCAGGAUGAGGCUGCUCCAGCUGACAAACAGUACAAACAAGAGCCAGCCCAGGUCGCUUACUCAACGUCAGCCGUUUCCAGCACGCAGGAGGUGUUGUACAUCAAUGGCAACGGGACCUACAGUUACCAUAGCUACAGAGGGCUCGGAGGUGGGCUGCUAAAUCUCAACGAUGCUUCUAGCACCGAUCUUCAGCCUACGUCCACUACAGCCGUGACUCAGCACUGCAUCCCCGGCACUACAAAUGUCCAAUCCCCUUCCAACUCAGGUCCAACAGAUCUCAGUAUGAAGAGGCAGUUAGCAACCAGCUCUGGAUCCUCCAGCAGUACAAGCUCUAGACCCCAGCUGAGUCCAACCGAAAUAAAUGCAGUGAGGCAGCUUGUGGCAGGGUACCGAGAAUCGGCUGCCUUUCUAUUGCGUUCCGCAGACGAACUGGAGAACCUUAUUUUGCAGCAGAACUGAGGCAUGAGACCUUCAAACUGGCCUGGUCUUAUCUCAGAGUUUCCACUAAUGACAUUUUGAUUUCUCAGAGCACACACGUCAGUUCCUGCACAGUCUUUUAGGAGAGUUAAUUGCCAUAAUGCCACACUGUUCUUGAUCCAUAAAGUGAUGUGUUAAGGUGCUUCAAGUGAACUUCAACCUCUGGUAUUUCCAAGGUACUUUACUGUGUCCAGCUUUUUGUUUUUAGUGUGUCAGCAUAAAUAUCGAAAAAAAAGUGGCUAGAAAUUAACUCGUUCUAACAAGUGGAGAAACGGAAGAUGCUGUGAUGAUUUUUUUAAAAAAAUGGUUCAAGAUCCACGUGCAAUAUUAGUGGAAUGUGGUACUGACUCAUUGGACUUAAAGCUGCAGUAUAUGGCAAAACGUUGCCAAAUGUCCUGUUGCUACAGGACACAAUUGCAAUUAAAAGGAUCUUGUAUUUUAAAAAAAUGUAAUUUUUAUAAAAAACAAAAGAUUUUUGUUUUCAUUCAAGAUUUUUCAUUUUUACUUUGGUAAACUUUUUCACUGGUCCUAAAAAUGUUUUGAGGAGCUAUUGUAAGUCCCCCUUCCUCUCUUGRACCCUUGACUGUGCCCUUCUCCCACCUUCAUGUUCUUUCUACAACAAGCAACUCUCGAUGCUGGAUAAUUCUUCCCCUGUGUACUGUAAAUUGUCAUCUCUGGAACACCUUCCAAAGGAAGCAUGCGUUUCCUGCUUUCAUGCCAUUCUCAACUCCAUUCUGUAAUAUAUAUUGCAGCUUUAUUAGUAACUAAUAAAGAGUUGAGUUUUUUUUUUUUUAAAGACAUAUCAUUGAGAAAAAGAAAAAAAAAGAAAAAUUGAUUUCUUACGGUGAGCUCAUCUAACUCCAUAAUCACUGCUGCUGUCCUGUACAAGUCCCUCUAGUUGUGAUUGGAUGUAGAUGACUGAAUGUUAAGAGGUUGCAAGUGACAAUCUGAAAAUUUGCACUCUUGUGUGUAUUUAUUUUGUUUUCCUUAAUUUAAACAAAAUUCUUACAGAGGAAGGUCAUUGACACUUCUGGUAGGAUUUGUAUAAUUCCCAGGCCUAGCUAAAACUGUACUCAAAUGUAAAUGGAUGCAGCUGCAACGAUAAUUAAACUCUUCUCUCCCCCUCCCAACUCUUCCCAACCCCUCUAUUUCUUAUUUUAUAAUAUUGAUAACACAUUAAUGGUGUUUUCUUUGUGCACUACAGCAGGCUUAUUUUUAAGUAUAUAGAAAAAAAGUACUUUAGUUUAUGCUUAUUGUACUAUCUGUUCUGUUGUUUAGCUUUUGUUUAGUAAAAAAUUCCUUGUGCAUUCCUAAAUUUGCCUUAUUUCAUGUACAAAAUUUUAUGUAAUUCCAUUUUUGACAAUGAGUUUAAGGCAUCAGUGRUAUUUUAUAUCUACUUGUUACAUAUAGUUUCCCAAGUAAUGACUGUGAUUGUGACCAAGUAAUGUGCACUUUUUCUUGUAACUGUGGACAUUGCUAUGCUUUUAUUUUCUCUCGUGUUUCUAGAAUUACUGUUGCUUACAGUUAUGUAAAAGAAAAAGAACUUUUGUGAUACUGU